AUGCCAUUGCCAGGAGAUAUCAUCGAAGGGUUUGCUGAAGAUGAUGGUGAUGGUGAAGUGUUUAUGCCACCCAAAGCCAGGUCUGACUUCAAUUCACAGCUUGGUAAGAUUAGCCAGCAGGCUGAAGCCUUAUGGGUGAAGGUUAGAAGAGCAGACACAAUCCUUAUGCUUCGCGUAAAUAUUGUGUCAGAAAAGAGUUCGAUGCUGCAGAGAAAGUUUACCAUUAGAGCAGCUACUGAUGAGAGACAUAUUGCUGUUUUGGGAGACUUGACACUAGAACAGUGCAUAGAACUGCAAGAAAUGAGCAGAAGGGUGGUGAAUGUGGACAGAAAAGCAUUCAGCAGAAGGGAAGUGAAGUAUGAUUGGAAGAGAAAAGUUGUUAACUACUUGCCUGACCCAGGAUCAACUGUUGUUAGUUCCAUUUUGUUUAUGCCUUUACAGAGUGAAUACAAUGUUGAAGCCACUACAACCAGGUGCAUGGCCUGGUUCUCUGCAGCAGUUUCUUCUGGGGCUCCUCUUGUAUUUGUUAAUAUCCAAACAGAACAGAUCAUGAGAUCAGUAUGA